AUGGCAGAGCCUCACCUUCCUGUAAGCAUCAGCUGGCUCUGCUGUCGGAUCUGCACCCAGAUCCUCCGGGAACCCGUGACCAUCCCCUGUGGACACAACUUCUGCCUGUGGUGCAUCGAUGACAGCUGGGACAGAGUCCAGACACACUUCAGCUGCCCUGAAUGUCAGCAGAGGUUUCCCUCCAGACCUGCUCUGAUCAGAAACACAACUCUGGCUGAGGUGGUGAGAAACACCAGAAGAAGAGAGCAGCAUCCUGCAGGGCCCCCGACAAAGAGGGCCCGGAGCAGCAGUGCGGGAACAUCUGGCAGGACCUGGUGCUGGCGACACAUGAGCCCCCUGGAUGUUUACUGCUGCACAGAUGAGAGGAUCAUCUGCACUCAGUGCGCUUCAGACGAGCACACUGGACACAGGAUCUGUGUGGUGGGGCUGAUACGGAUCCAGAACCAGGAGGAGCUGAGCAGGAUCCAGUCAGAGCUCAGGCAGGUUCUCAAGGAGCAGGAGAAGAAGCUAGAGAAGAUCUAUCAGCAGAUUAAUGAGGAGGUCAGAGACACUGAGGACCAGUGUGAAGGUGUGCUGGUCAGAGUCACCGAGUGCCUUCAGAAGCAUUAUCUGUCAGUGAGGAGGCUGAUCAGAGCUCAGGCCCAGAACGCUACAGCUCGGGCUCCUACCCUCCAGACAAAGGUGGAGGAGUUGAAGAUGAUGGAUGCUGAGCUGGACUGCCUGAAAAAAAAUAAAGAUAAUGUUCAGUUUCUGCAGAAGUGGACCCAAGUGAAGAACCUCUGUGAAGAACACCUCCAGUUUUUCAAUGAGGAUUUACUGGCCCCCUUUGAGGUGACAAAGAGGGCCGUCGAAAAGCUUGGGAGGGAAUUGCAGGAAUUCUGUGAUGAACAAUUUGCCUCCAUCUCUCACACUUGUGAAGGUGUAGAAGAGGAGGAAUCAGAUGAAGAGGAAAGCAGUGACGCCAGCUCCCCACAGUCCUGUGAUCAGAACAGACUCAACAGGAGCUCCAGGAUAAAGGAAGAAGAACCCAUAACCAGAGAGGAGUUCCUGCAGUAUGCCUGUGACCUGUCUCUGGACCCAACAACAGCUCAUAAAGACCUGUCCAUUUCAGAAGGAGACAAAGAGGUGAUGUUGUGCCCCAGCAAAAGUCAGACUCCGUUCAUCCGUUACCCCCAAAGGUUCCUCCAUCGGCGGCAGGUUCUCUGCAGGGAGGGGCUGCAUGGCAGAAGAUGUUACUAUGAAGUGGAAAUGAAAGGAGACAAGGCAGAGAUCGCCCUUACUUACAGGGACAUUGACAGAAGAUCAAGUUUGAAAAUGUCAGCCUUUGGUGCAAACACAAACUCCUGGAGUCUGGAUCGCUCUACCACCUACUCUGUGAGCCACCGAGGUGAGAGCGUCCAGCUCACAGCACGUCCCCAGAACCAGAGGAUUGGAGUUUAUCUGGAUUUUGAAGCAGGAACUCUGUCGUUCUUUGAGGUGCAGCACAACAAAAUGGAGUUUCUUUACCGGGUAGAAGCUGAGUUCACUGAGCCGAUGUAUCCGGGCUUCUGGCUUGGAGAGAAAUGUAGCAUCAAGAUCUGUGAUUUAAAACCAGCAGAGGAGCAGGGAAAGUGGUAA